AUGUCUUUCACUCGCGUCUUGACUCCCGCCCGCUCACGGCUCGCUGGCGCUGCCGUGACGGCUCCCCGGGUCAUCUCUACCUCGGGCCGCCUCUUCUCGACCACCAAGGCCGCAUUCAACCCGCAAGAUAUCCCCAAUGUCCACACCCCCGACUCCAUCCAGAACAAGCUGUCCCGAAAGGAAGUGCGCAGUACCAGCCGCGUCCGCGAUUUUGACAUGGAGGGCCGCGUGUUUGCCAUCACGGGUGGCGGCCGUGGUCUGGGACUGUCGAUGGCCGAAGCGCUGAUCGAGUCUGGUGCCUCGGUGUACUGUCUCGACCGCCUCGAGUCGCCGCCGCUGGACUUCGUCGCGGCCCGGGAGAAGGCGAUGAAUGAGUACGGUGGCUUGCUGGAGUACGUGCGCAUUGACGUGCGCAACAGCACCGAAGUGAACAACACGUUCGCCGCGAUCGCCGGCAAGCACGAGCGCCUGGACGGGCUGGUCGCCGCGGCCGGCAUCAACCACCUGCAGAGCGCACUGGAGCACUCGCAGCAGGCGCUGGACGACGUGAUGACCAUCAACUACAACGGCGUGUUCAACUCGGCCACCGCCGCCGCCCGCCAAAUGUUCAACUACCAGAACAAGGGCUCGAUCCUGCUCGUCGCCAGCAUGAGCGGCCUCAUCGCCAACAAGGGCAUGACCUCGCCCGUCUACAACUCGUCCAAGGCUGCCGUCAUCCAGCUGGCUCGCUCGCUCGCUAUGGAGUGGGGCCGCCACGGCAUCCGUGUCAACUCCCUCUGCCCCGGCCACAUCAUCACCCCCAUGGUCGAUGGCGUCUUCCAGCAGAACCCCGCUGCCCGCGCUACCUGGGAGGCCGAGAACAUGCUCGGCCGUCUGGCUAUGCCUGAGGAGUUCCGUGGUACUGCCCUCUUCACCCUCUCCGAUGCUUCCAGCUUCAUGACUGGUAGCACCCUGCUUGUCGACGGUGGCCACACUGCCUGGUAA